AUGUCCAACCUUCCUCUCUCUAGAAGCUGGCCAGAGAUUCGUCAGGCUCUAAAACACGCUCGGGAAUGCGAAGAUGACCCCGUGAAUGCCCAAUCCGCCGCCGUCCUGGAGGCUGCCAUUACCGAACUCUGGAAUCGCAUCCAGGCCCAACCGGAUAGCUACGUGCUCACGUCAGACGAGUUCGCCCUCUUUAAUUACUUUCUCGCCACGCGCUACCGUGGCUCACCCGUCGCCCAGAGAGCUGUGGCCCGUUUCUGGAACAACUACCGAGCCACAAAUUGUGAUGGCGUCGCCAACUAG